GAACGGAGAGCGCAAAAGAGACGCAGAGCCUCGGUGUACACAAGCCUGCACACCGCCAAUCCGACACGGCUAUACGCCCAAUUUCUUUUUAAUUGAAACCUUUUACUCCCGCUCGGUAUUGCUGCAGGAAUAGGAUGACUGGGAAGACCCAGACUAGCAACGUGACCAACAAGAAUGAUCCGCGCUCCCUCAACUCUCGCGUUUUCAUCGGCAACCUCAACACAGCCGUAGUAACCAAGGCUGACAUUGAGGCCAUCUUUGCCAAAUACGGCAAGAUUGUGGGCUGUUCUGUCCACAAAGGCUACGCCUUUGUUCAGUACGCCAGCGAGAGGAAUGCCCGGGCAGCCGUGGCUGGAGAGAACGCCAGGAUCGUUGCUGGACAAUCACUUGAUAUCAACAUGGCUGGAGAGCCCAAACCGUACAGGCCUAAGAUGGGCUCCAAGAGGCCUCUCUCAUCCCUCUACAGUGGCUAUGAAUUUGACUACGACUACUACAGAGAUGACUUCUACAGUAGACUGUUUGAGUACCACGGCCGUGUUGUGCCUCCGACCCGAGCUGUGAUCCCCAUCAAACGCUCACGGCUAGUUGUCCCAACCACACGCAGAGCCAAAUCCUCUUUUCCAGUCAGGGCUUGCUCUUCCUCUUCCUCCUCCUCCUCUUCCUCCUCCCGAGCACUCAAUGUCGGCUCUUCCAUCACUGGCCCUAAACUGAAGACAGAUCAGCUUCUAACAAUCAAAAAGGAACUGUCGCAAAUCAAGACCAAGAUCGACUCACUGCUGGGAAGGCUUGAGAAGAUAGAGAGGCAACAUCGCUCUGAUGCCGAGAUGCAGAGGAAGCAGGAGGAGGUGUGCGAGUGUCUCCAUGGUGAUGCAGCAGACCACUCUGGGGGGGAGGAAGUGGAGGGGACGGCUGAGGUUGAGGCAGGGGAGAUGACAGACGGUGGUGAAGAUGACUUUGAAGAUGAAGGCACAAGCGACAUGAUAGAGAACCACAUAUCGGACAUUGACAACUGAGUAAGUUGGGGAAUAAUAAGGCUUGCAUUACUGAAGAUGGGAGGACAGAUACCAGCAAAAUCUUCUUGAUCAAGGAGGUGCAUUUGACAUUAAAGGAAAGGAAGUGACAGACAGCAGUGGAAGAGUGUGUCAGACUUGUAUUUUGCUUGUUUGCCUCAUUAGAACAUGCCACUGCUGAUGCAUACGUCAUCAAAAUCCUGGGUAUGAAUAUUCUUCAGACGACUGCAAGAUCUUCGCAACCAGCAGUCAGUUAUUUCCCCUCGGACUGAUUGCUGUUCUGAAAAAUACGGACAAUACAGUAUAUUGUGUGCUUAUUAUAUUGUGGUCUGUAUUGUGUAUAAAAAUACAGUUAUGUGAUCUAUCAGAAGAAAAUUUAUGUCUUUUGUUGUACCUCAGAUGUUUGUUUCUGUUUCUGUGCAUUGAAAACUGUGAAAAGCUGCGUUGCUGGCAGAGAGCUAAAUAUGAAUGUAACAGUAACAUAUUUUCUUUGACACUCAUUAAUUCUGCAUUUUGUUUUCAUUCAUUUUGAGCAAAUGUACAGUAUGUAAUUUAUUCACAAUGUCGCCACAUGGUAUUGAAUGCAUUUCAUGUUUGUAAUUUGUUCUACAUGACAACGUGUAUUUGAAAUUCUUUACUUUCUGUUUAAAAUUUUAAAAAAUGAAACAGCAAUUUUUGCUGUCAGCAUGUUAAAAAUGUGGCUAUCAAGGAUCAUUUCAUUGCCUCUGUUGUACAGCCAUGGAUAAUAAACAUUUUUGACAUAAAAAUCUGUCCUUCCUCCCCAAAACUGAGUGGUGUAGCUCGCAUUUUUGUAAAUGU